ACUGAGAAAGCUAUGGCUGCUACUAAGAUGACGGAGUAGUGAUGCAGCUCACCUAAUAAAUGUCUGUUGUAAAUACGUUACAAAGAACUGCCUACUGGACUGUGUUUUUAAGUUCCAACCAUGGUGUCAGAUCCUGCAUUAUUAUGCUGAGUAACCCACCGAGCUUUGAGAUGGAGGAAUCAUUGAAAUCAGGCCAGUUCAUUCCAUUUUCUCCCUAACCCCCGUGAGGAGAGAGAUGGUGAAAGACAAAGAGCUUAUUGUAUUGUGUAUCAGUGACUGACCAUUGCAGUGUAUGUUAUGUCCAUAGAAGUUGACUCUGUCGUUGUAUGGAUUUGGAGUGCAUGAAUGUGCCUGGCCAAACUCCAGUAUGACGGGCAGUUAGCGUGACGUUUAUGGGACAUGAACAUUCUAUCUCAGUGAGAGUAGUAAUAAUUGAGCGAACAUAAUUGUUGAAAAGAUACAAAUAUGCUAAUUAUUAUGCUGUUCAUGAGUAUAUGCACAUGUGAUAUGGUGUGUUAAAGUUACUAAAGUAAGACAAAGUUACUAACAUUAACGAUACACAGAGACAAAGACAACAACAGACAAAAUGACAAAUCUAAGUCAACCUCCUCCACUUGACUUAAAGGGAAAUAUUUCCGAGAAUUGGAAAAGAUUCAAACAAAAAUUCACUCUAUACAAUGUUGCCUCAGGAAUGUCAGAAAAAGAUGACAAGUCACAAACAUCAAUGCUUCUACACGUAAUUGGUAAUGCUGCCUUGGAAUUGUAUAAUACAUUUGUAUUUGCCGAGGAUGAGAGCAUGAAGCUUGAGAAAGUGUUGGAAAAAUUUGAGGAAUAUUGCAUGCCAAAACGUAAUCUAACGUAUGAGAGACAUAGAUUUUUCACAAGAUGUCAAUUAGAGCAUGAGAGUGUUGAUCAGUAUGCAACUGAAUUGCGAAGUCGUGCACAGUCAUGUGAGUUGUCUUCGUUGAAAGAGAGUCUUAUACGGGACAGAAUUAUCGGUGGUAUCUUAGAUGAUGGUCUAAGAGAGCAUUUGUUGAGGCUAGAUGAUCUCACAUUGGAUAAAACGUUGCAAGUUUGUCGGGUGGCUGAACAAACUCGAGCGCAGGCCCAAGCGUUGAGUUCCACCGGUGAAAAUGCCUCAAUUCCGGUUGAUUCUCUCAGCAAGAAUAAGAAAUCUCCUGGUAAAAGGUCAAACCAAACAAGACAAACAAAACCUCAAGAUCGUACUAACAAUAAAACAUGUACAAGAUGUGGUAAUAGACAUACCAAAGAAAAAUGUCCUGCACAAGGUAAAACAUGUAAAAAGUGCGGUAAGCAAAAUCAUUUUGCUAAGUGUUGUCGUACCCCGGUAGCAAAAGUCAAUGAAUUGCAACACUUAAAGGUAGAUUCAGACGGUUUCAUGAUUUGUUCAGUUGAUUCACAGGAACAUGAAUCAAGGGAAGAUUGGAAAGUCAAUUUGAUAGUCAAUAAUGAGCCAGUUGAGUUCAAGAUAGAUACUGGAGCUCAGGCUAAUAUUCUCCCUGAAACAAUCUAUCACAAAUUGAAACCGAAACCAAAACUACAAAAAGCCAAAGUGAAGUUAACAGGUUACUAUGAGACAAACAUUCCAGUAAAAGAUCGUUGUUAUGUCCAAAUGGAGUACAAAGGAAUAAAACACAGUGUUCAAUGUUUAAUCAUUCCUGGAAAUCGUCAACCAUUGCUAGGUCUCAGGACGAGUGAAGAGUUAUAUCUGGUAAAACGCGUCUAUCAUGUUGAUAAACAAACAGAGAUAAAAACAGGCAAAACUGUAGUGCAAGAUUAUGACAAUGUAUUUGUAGGAUUAGGAUGUCUUCCAGGCAAACACCACAUCACAUUGAAAGACAAUGCACAACCAGUUCAACAUGCAUGUCGCAAAGUUCCAUUUCCACUUCAAAAGAAACUAAAAGAGGAGCUAGAUAAGAUGGAAAAUAUGGAUGUAAUCAAACAGGUUGAUGAACCGACAGAUUGGGUGUCUUCUCUUGUUGUAGUCAAGAAAAAGAAUGGUCAACGCAGAGUCUGUCUAGAUCCACGUGAUCUAAAUCGAGCAAUCAAAAGAGAACAUUAUAAAUUGCCUUCUAGAGCUGAAAUAACCUCUCAGUUUGCUGGAGCCAAGUAUUUCAGUAAAUUAGAUGCAUCAAGUGGUUUUUGGCAAAUCCAACUUGAUGAAGAUAGUUCCAAGCUUUGUACAUUUAUCACUCCAUACGGAAGAUAUAGAUUCUUGAGACUACCUUUUGGUAUCUGUAGUGCUCCUGAAGUUUUUCACAAGAUAAUACAUAACUUGUUCGUAGAUGUACCUGGUGUCAAUACCAUGAUGGAUGACAUAGUGGUAUGGGGAAGUACACAAGAAGAGCAUGACGAUCGUCUGAGAAAAGUUCUAGACAUCGCUCAAAAAUCAAACCUGAAACUCAAUCGAGACAAGUGUGAGUUCAAUGUGAACCAGAUGACUUUCAUUGGUGACUUGAUCAGCCAAGAUGGAGUCAGACCAGAUCCUAAAAAAGUGGCUGCCAUCAGAAACAUGGCAAGACCAACAUGUAAACAGGACAUACAAAGGUUCUUGGGGAUGAUAAACUACCAAGCAAAAUUCAUUCCAAACCUAUCAACAAGGUCAGCACCUCUACGCAUAUUGCUUGACAAGAAAGUAGAGUGGAUGUGGGAAAAUGAACAAGAAAAAGCGUGGUGCGACCUGAAAGAAGCUCUAAUGAGUCAACCAGUGCUUCAUUUCUAUGAUUGCACAAAACCCACAAAGAUAUCAGCUGACGCUUCAAAAAAUGGACUAGGAGCAGUUCUCCUACAGUAACAUGAGCAAAAUUGGCAUCCCGUAGCUUACGCAUCAAGAGCUAUGACUGAUGCAGAAACACGUUAUGCUCAGAUAGAAAAAGAACUCUUAGCUAUCACGUACGGAUGUGAAAAAUUUCAUCAAUAUAUCUAUGGUCAAAAGAUAGAAGUUGAAACAGAUCACAAGCCACUUAUUCCAUUGUUUGUUAAGUCAUUGGCAGAUUGUCCUCUAUGCAUUCAAAGAUUACUAAUCAGAGUGCAGAGAUAUGAUCUCAAAGUGUCAUAUACACCUGGAAAAUACAUGUUCACUGCUGAUACACUGUCACGAGCAGUAGAUCCAAAAGCAGAAUUGAAUGUUGAAACUGAAGAAGAUAUCAGAGUCUAUGUAGAUAUGAUAAUACAAGCAAUGCCAGU